AUGUCCUCUCCCUCCCCGGCAUUUCCGACCUACAAGUCACAUCGCAUCUCGCAAUCGUUCAACAACCCAAACUUGCCCCCAGCACCGCCGCCCAAACCAAGCAAUCAAGAGGUCUCCCGCCGUAGCACACCGUCCAGCAGCCAACCUCUGCCGCCUCCUCCGCCUCCUCCAUCGCAAGAGAGCUUCAGCACGUACGGAGGAGACAGAAGCGCUGGAGAUCCCCAGUCGACACAGCAGGCCCGAUUGCACGAGGGGGCGGCACAUGCACAGGAUCCGGGCGAGCAAUGGCUGCCCAAGAUCCUUGAGGACAAAUCCAAGCAGGAUCUGGCCGAUUUGCUUGCGAAGCCUGCGUUGCUAGCUGCAUUGGCGCAUUCGGAAACGACGGCUCAUCCUUCGGUCAAGGCCUCACAGGAAUCGCUACAGGCUGCUUUGACGGAGAAUAUAGCUCUGGCCUCCCAUCUGAUCGAGCUAGAGGCGCGCCUUACGCAUCUGCGGUCUUCGGCUCAGGCGCAGUUGCUAUCGACCCAUGCCUUGGAGAGACAGUGGAAGCAGAAGCAGUCGGAUAUGGAUCGGGCGUUGGCCCCAUUCUCCCCAUCGUCUUUAUAUCAACGACUCAAUCAGGGGAUGCAGGAACAAGAGAUGGUAUGUCGGGCUUUGGAAGAGAGCUUUCUCGAUGGCGAUGGCGGUACUGCUUCGGAGCGAGAGGCGUCGGAGUGGGUGAAGAGAUAUCGGGACGCGAAGAAGAUCUAUUACUCACGCCAGGAGCGGAAGGAAAGAUGGGACGAGGGGAGGGUCGGAGGAUGGCGGUAG